AGUGAGAAUGAAUCGUUUGCUUUUGAGUGUGGUGGCGCUGGUCGCCCUGAGUGCCUGCUGCCAGGGACACCCGGACAUCGACUUCCCCUUCGGGCGGAUCGUCAACGGCGAGGCCGCCGAGAUCGAGAGCUUCCCCUACCAGGUGUCCAUCCAGACGACCAAGGGCUCCCACUUCUGUGGCGGCAGUCUGAUCGACUCGGAGACCAUCCUGACCGCCGCCCACUGCAUGCAGUCCUACGCCGCCAGUGAGCUGCAGGUUCGCCUGGGCUCCACCUCCAGGAGCUCCGGCGGCGAGGUGGUCAGCGUGCGCGCCUUCAAGUACCACGAGGGCUACAACAGCCAGCUGAUGAUCAACGACGUGGCCAUCAUGAAGCUCAGCACCCCCGUGCGCCAGACCACCAAGAUCCGCGCCAUCGAGCUGGAGAGCUCUCAGCCCGUCUCGGGAACCAGUGCCGUCGUCACCGGCUGGGGCACCACCUGCUUCCUCUUCUGCUCCUCCCCCGACACCCUGCUGCAGGUGGGCGUGGACCUGCUGCACUACAAGGACUGUGCCAGCGACAGCUACAGCUACGGCAGCUCCAUCCAGGAGACCAUGGUCUGCGCCACCGGCGAGAAGAAGGACGCCUGCCAGGGUGACUCCGGCGGGCCUCUGGUGGCCAACGGCAAGCAGGUGGGCGUCGUCUCCUGGGGCAGCGGAUGUGCCUGGUCGAGCUACCCCGGCGUCUACGCCGACGUCCCCUCCCUCAAGCAGUGGAUCGAGGAUACCAGUGCUUCGCUGUAAGCUGUAUGAAUAAAUGCAAGAGGAUUUCAAAAGAUA